AUGUAUCCUCUCUGUCGCCCGCCUUCACCCGAUAUGGCAAUUCAACCGACUUUACCCUCUACCCAGACGGGAAUUAUUCAACACGAAGGGGGCGUUCUUCAAAUCACGCCCGGGUUGCCUCUUGCAGAGCUUGCGCCUCACCAAAUGCUGGUUAGAACGGCGUCUGUUGCUUUGAAUCCUUGUGAUUUCAAGAUGCCGUUGAGAUUUCCCAGUCCGGGCCUCUGGGAUGGUUGUGAUUAUGCUGGCACUGUAGUUGCUCUUGGUGCUGAGGCAGCCGCACAAGGUCGUUUCAAGAUUGGCGAUCGAGCUUUCGGGGCUGUUCAGGGAUCGAACUUGUCAGAUCCACUGUCUGGAGCCUAUUGCGAGUAUAUUCGGACUGAACCAGACCUCGCUUUUCAUGUCCCAAAGGAACUGACCCUUGAGAAUGCGCCGUCCAUUUCGGGUACAGCGAUUGCAACUCUUGGUAUUGCCCUCUUUUGGUCUCUUCAAAUCCCUGGAACUUUGGACACUCCAGCAGCUAAGUCGGAGGAUAUUCUGGUAUAUGGUGGAAGCAGUACCCUUGGUCUUCUUGCCAUCCAAAUGGUGAAGUUAUCUGGACAUCGAGUCAUUACUACUUGCUCCGCACGCAACUUUGGUCUUGUCAAGUCCUAUGGAGCUGAUCUAGUCUUUGAUUAUAGCUCUCCAACGUGCGCGGAGGACAUCCGGGCUGCUACCAAGAGUGCACUCCGCUAUGCCCUCGACCCUUUCGCUGAAGCAAAGACUCUGCGGCUGUGUCAUGCAGCCAUCGGUCGCACAGGCGGCCGCUACUGUGCUCUGGAACAGUAUCAGGAGAGUCUCUGCUCACGCAAGACAAUCAAACACGAGCUUGUCAUGGGAGGUGCUAUCUCUGGACGGGGCGUGGAGCUCCCAGACCCGUAUGGCAUUCCACCCCGACCCGAGAUUGGAGUUUGGGCUCGUUCCUGGUACCGAACUGUGCAGAGUCUUAUUGAUCAAGGCAAAAUCAAACCUUGUCCAAUUGAGACCAUUCCUGGUGGAUUCGAUGGGAUUUUGAAGGGCUUGGACAUGCUUCGAAAUGGAAAGGUUUCGGGGAAGAAACUUGUCGUCCCGAUGGUAGAGUUGAAGUAG